UUCACUUCAAAAAUAAAUCUUGGGUGGAAAGGAAUGGAAAACAACACUGUAGCUAUUUUUCUUCGGUCCUUGAUUGUGAGCUAAAUUCAAUGAGCCUUUGGGGUCCGCACGAGAGAGAGAGAGAGAGAGAGAGACUUUUUUGAGACGACUGAUAAAGGGUGUAAUGUUCUGAUCCAAGCUUUUAUUUAUUUAUUUCCUCUUUUCUUCUGUUUCCAUUUCUGGGAUUUCGUUGUUCAUGCCAUAGCUUGGUUUCCUCCGAUACUUAGCCAAAAAGUUGACUGGUUUUCGUUUUGGAUUUCCCUUUCUUUUGUGGCAAAGGAGCUCUGCCAGUCUUUGUUCAGAUCUUUCACCGUUUCUUGUGAGCUGGAGAGCUUGAUCCGAUUUUAGCUCCCUGAUUGCGCCUGAAGCAUCUUUUACAGCCAUAGGCACAUGACAAGUGGUAUAUAAUCUACCAAGGAAUUGUUGAAGGGGUGUGGAGAUUUAAUAUCAUCAGUUUCUUCAUUCCUGUAAAAUGUCGUUCCGAAGUAUAGUUCGUGAUGUGAGGGAUAGCAUUGGGAGCUUAUCUAGACGGGGAUUUGAGGUCAGGCUGAGUGGCCAUCAUAGAGGAAAGUCCAAUGCAUCAUCCUUAAAUGAUCUACACGACCAGCCUCCUGUCGUUCAGAAUGGCUGCUGGGCUAGUCUUCCACCCGAGCUGCUUUAUGAUGUCAUUCGUAGACUUGAAGAGAGUGAAAGCACAUGGCCCACACGAAGGAAUGUUGUUGCUUGUGCUGCAGUAUGUCGUUCUUGGAGGAUUAUGUGCAAGGAGAUAGUUAAAGGCCCGGAAAUUUGUGGGAAGCUUACCUUCCCUGUAUCACUGAAGCAGCCUGGUCCGCGCGAUACAUCUGUACAGUGCUUCAUUAAGAGGGAUAAAUCCAACCUAACAUACCACCUCUACCUGUGUCUUAGCCCUGCUCUGCUGGUUGAAAAUGGGAAAUUUCUUCUUUCUGCAAAGCGUACGCGAAGAACUACUAGCACAGAGUACAUUAUCUCGAUGGAUGCGGAUAAUAUUUCGAGAUCAAGUAGCUCUUACGUCGGAAAACUGAGGUCGAAUUUUCUUGGAACAAAAUUUAUUGUCUAUGAUACUCAACCUCCAUACACUGCUGCCCCGCUUCCUCCUCCCGGGAAAACUAGCCGUAGAUUUUAUUCCAAAAAGGUCUCGCCAAAAGUCCCAACUGGCAGUUACAACAUAGCCCACAUAAGUUAUGAACUAAACGUUUUAGGCACACGGGGACCCCGGAGAAUGCAUUGUAUAAUGCACUCAAUACCAGUGGCAGCUCUCGAUGCAGGCGGCAGCGUUCCAGGCCAACCAGAGCUCCUCCCUCCCAGCUGCCUCGACGACUCUUUUCGGAGUGCAUCGUUCUCCAAAGCACUAGAUCAUUCCAUGGAGUUCAGUAGCGCUAGAUUUUCAGAAAUUGGAAGGGCAGCCUUGGAUGGCGAGGAGGAGGGGAAGAUGAGACCUUUGGUUCUGAAAAACAAGCCCCCAAGAUGGCACGAACAGCUGCAAUGUUGGUGCCUCAACUUUCGCGGGCGAGUAACCGUUGCAUCAGUUAAGAACUUUCAGUUGAUCGCAGCAACACAGCCAGCCGCUGGCGCUCCAACGCCAUCCCAACCAGGCCCCCCAGAGCACGACAAGAUCAUUCUGCAGUUCGGGAAGGUCGGUAAAGACAUGUUCACGAUGGACUAUCGAUAUCCGCUCUCCGCUUUUCAGGCCUUUGCAAUAUGCUUGAGCAGCUUUGAUACCAAAUUGGCUUGUGAAUAAAGAAAAGGAUCCAAAGCCCCUAUGCAUAUGAUGGCUAGAAAGCAAAAAGAAAGUAACAACACCCACUUUUAUGCCUCUUUUUUUCUUCUUUCACUUUAACUUUUGGAUUUCACUCUAUUAGUUGUCUUCCUCUUCUGUCAUUUCAUGGGUUAGGUUAGUGAAAUAGUUGUUAUUGUUGUGCCAUUGAUGUAAAAGUUAAUUUGUAACUGGGACAUCUCCCUCAUAACAGCUCUUACAUGUGCAACUCCAAAACUUCUAAAGGAAUGAAGGCAAAAGUCCUUUUUACCCCUC